CGGCACUGCUGAAGAACAUGGCGGAAGUAAAGAUAGCGAGUAAAAGUUAAAUCUGCCCUCUCAGCUCUCCCUCGUAACGUUGGCCUAAGAAGUUCUAUUGUGAAAGUUAUUGACCGGAUCUGAGUUCCUUGUUUAUGGUUAUUUACCGUCUUUGAUAUUAAGGCAAAAGACCAAAGCGCUUUUUUGACUCCGGCCCUGUACUGCCGGAUACCACAUGUUGAACCAGCUUUAUCCGACACUUUAGCACUGCUGUGUAAGUCGUGACAAGUUACUUUUUUGUUGAGCAAAACAAAAAAGCACGUCUGUUUUUUACGGUACCUAGUAAGGCGGCAUUACACGUGUGCUUGGCUGGUGGAAUCAUGAGCCGCCCGAAGGAAGAAAGCCGAAGUGAGUCCCCUCACUGCCCCAAACCGGAUGAGCCCGAAGAGCCGCUUGGCACCGCCAUGGAGACUGGCGCCGCAAACGAUGUCAGUGUAAAAUCUGAGAAUAUGACUUCUGGAGUGAUCAUCACAAAAGAAAUGGAGAAAGAGGAGAAGCAGCUGAUGGAGGAGGGGGAAAAGAAGGAAAAUAAAAUGAUGGAAGAGGCCCGGGUAUCACGGGAGACGGAUCCUCAUGACAUGCGCUUCAAGAGACUGCAGCACUUGCUUCAGAAGAGCAACAUCUACUCUAAAUUCCUGCUGACUAAAAUGGAGCAGCAGCAGAAUGAGGAAAAGGUCAGGAAGGAGAAAACGGAUAAAAAGGCCAAAAAGAACACAAACGGUGCAGAGCCGGAGAAAAAUAAAAAGAAGAGGAAGCGGGAUGAAGACUACAAAAUAGCAGAUGUUAUUUCAAAAGAAGAAAUCAUAUCGCAAGCUAAUAAAGCUAAAGUGGAGGAAGAGGACAAGAAUCGGGUCCAGAGGAAACUACAAGCGGAGGAUAUUGAGAAGAUGAGCGAUUCAAACCAGGACAUCAAGGACCGUCUGUCUGAGACGGUGCGGGACAACGCCCAGCAUCUCCUGGAUCAUCACAGGAAGGUGAACGGCCAGCCUGUGCCCGCCCAGCAGCCACUGCUCUUCACCGGGGGGGUCAUGAGGUCGUACCAGAUCGAAGGCAUCGAGUGGCUCAGGAUGCUGUGGGAGAACGGCAUUAACGGGAUCCUGGCCGAUGAGAUGGGACUGGGGAAGACCAUCCAGUGCAUUGCUCACAUCGCCAUGAUGAUAGAAAAAAAAGUGACAGGCCCCUUCCUUGUGGUGGCCCCUCUCUCCACUCUUCCCAACUGGAUCAACGAAUUCAAGCGCUUCACCCCAGAGGUGUCUGUGCUGCUUUUCCACGGUCCCCAGCCGGGAAGGUCCCAGCUGCUUAAGCAGAUCCGCAGGCCCCAGGGGCCCCUUAGCGUUUGUCCUGUGGUUGUCACCUCCUUCGAGAUUGCCAUGAUAGACAGAAAAUACCUGCAGCGCUUCCAGUGGAAGUACCUGAUAGUGGAUGAAGGCCACAGGAUCAAAAACCUCAACUGCCGUCUGGUGCGGGAACUGAAGCUGCUGCCUACGGACAACAAGCUGCUUCUAACCGGCACGCCGCUGCAGAACAACUUGGCUGAGCUCUGGUCGCUUCUCAACUUCCUGCUGCCCGAGGUGUUUGACGACCUCAAGAGCUUCGAGUCGUGGUUUGACAUCGACUCCAUUGGUGAAGCAGAGACUGUGGUGGCUACUGAGCGCGAGCAGAAUAUCCUGAGCAUGUUGCACCAGAUUCUCACCCCGUUCCUGUUGAGGAGGCUGAAGUCCGACGUGACGCUGGAUGUUCCUCCUAAGAAGGAGAUCAUUGUUUACGCUCCUCUGACGGACAAACAGGAAGCCUUUUAUACCGCUGUGGUCAACAAAACCAUUGCAAAAGUGCUGGGCCAGGAAAAGGCGGAGGCUCCUGUCGUCCUGGCUAAAAGUGGCAGGCCGAAGCGUAGCAGUCGGAAAGAAAUAGACUAUCAAGAACGUGGUGGAGACACACCUUAUGACCUGGAGAAGUAUCUGGAGAAGGUCCGCAAGGAGCUGGAUCAAAGUUCCGCUCCAGUGCUGGAGAUCCAGAGCCCACUCGAUGCACAGAUCAACCUGAAGCUGCAGAACAUUCUUAUGCUGCUAAAAAGAUGCUGUAACCACCCGUACCUGGUGGAGUACCCCCUGGACCCCGCCACACAGGAGUUCAAGAUCGACGAGCAACUGGUACAGAGCUCCGGGAAGUUCCUCAUACUGGACAGACUGCUGCCUGCCCUGAAGACACGGGGACAUAAGGUUCUGAUUUUCAGUCAGAUGACGUCCAUCUUGGAUCUUUUGAUGGAUUACUGCUAUCUGCGGGGCUACCAGUACAGCCGGCUUGAUGGCAGCAUGUCCUUCUCUGAAAGAGAUGAAAAUAUGACCAAGUUCUCCAAAGAUCCAGAUGUAUUUCUGUUCCUGCUGAGCACCAGAGCGGGAGGACUUGGGAUCAACCUGACCGCUGCUGACACUGUUAUCAUCUUCGACAGUGACUGGAACCCUCAGGCUGACCUUCAGGCCCAGGACCGCUGCCACAGAAUCGGACAAACCAAACCAGUGGUGGUGUACCGGCUGGUGACGGCCAACACCAUCGACCAGAAGAUCCUGGAGAAGGCCUCAGCCAAGAGGAAGCUGGAGCAGAUGGUCAUCCACAAAAAUAAGUUCAAAGGUGCUAAGGCGGAGCUGAACCAGAGUAAGAGCUGCAUUGAUCUGGAUGAGCUGAGGGAGCUUCUCAGAGCCAGAGGCAUGGAGAAGGAGGUGAAAACAUCAAGGGGGGAGGUGAUCAGCAACAAGGACCUGGAGCUUUUACUGGAUCGCAGCGACAUGCUGGACAAAGGGAAGGGGAGCAUGAAGAAAGAGAAGGGGGGAGUGUUCAGAGUGAUGGAUGCUGAAGACUCUUCAGAGAUCCCUUUGAUCUGAAAACACCUGCAAGCUAUUAAAGAAAAACUAAAGUUGCACCUAGAUCAUGGCUCUUAACCGCCGUCCCUUCCUAAAACUACUGUCUGCAGUCAUGGUCUUUUUUUGUAAACCACUACACUUUUAAUAACUAUCAUUUGGGAUUUUGUUGUCUGUCAAUGACAGUUGAGUAUUUGCAUGUGAAAAGAAGAAAACAUGGUUCAGUUGGCUUUUCUUGCUGGCAGUUCAUCAAGACUAUCAGAAUAAACUAAGUUUCAUUAAAAGCUGUUCACUGUUCA